AUGCCAUCUCUUGAGAAAAUGCCAGAUACAACAACGACGGAGUCGCAACAAAUACCAUCAACCCGUGAAUCUAUUUCUGGAAAUAAUUGUGAUGCAGCUCAAAAUAUCAUUUCUGAAGUGGCAUCAAACAUUUCAAGGGACUGGAAAAUCAGUGAAGUUCUAUCUUCUGAUAGGACCGAGGAAGUUCAAAAAAAUGAAACAAUUUCGAAUGUAUACGUGGAAACAGUUGGGGAAGAAACUACAUCCACUUCUAUUAUUUCAGAACUUCAAUGUCGAACACCUAUCGUAGCUUCAAAACAACACCAAACUUUGACUCUAUCAACAAUGAAGAGCAAAGUUCCGUUCCACGAAAGUGAAUUACCAUCAUCACCAACUGAAUUAGCUUGUUAUGUGAGAACAUAUGCUGACGAAAUUUCUUUCCUUGUUAAUGAACAAUAUUGCGAUACAUCGCAUUUGUGCGAAAACUGCUAUUCAAUGCGAAUGGAAUUGGAAAGAUUAGCUAAUAAGUUGGAGUCCAUAGCAAAGAGCAAAGAGGUAAAAGUGAAAGCAAUUCAUUCCGUAACAAAAGAUUUAUCAGCUAAUGAAGAAAUAGAGCAAAAAUUAAAUAUUCAUGAGCAACUAAUUGAGGAGAAAAAGAGGUCCGAUGAACUGCAAUCAGCGAAUGAGAUCCUUUCUAAAAAUUUGGAAAAAGAAGAAAAUUUGAGGAAACUAAAAGAAAAAGAAUUGGAAGAUUUCAAGUUUUUAUUCGAAGAUUCGAUUAUCGAACAGUCGAAAAAAAUCGAAGAAUUGGAAUCCAGAAAUGAGCAAUUGAUGAAAGCUCUGCAAAAACAAGGACAGAUGUCGUUUAUUGAACCAAAACAGUUGAAAGAAGAAAAAGACAGAAAAUUAGAAGGAAGUGAAUUUGACAAAUCUAUCGAUACUGAGGAAUUUACUAUUCCAAACGUACAAGUGGAAACAGAGCUUCCGAAUGCAAAAGGAGAAAGCGAUGAGCCUGGAAUGAAAUUAGAUGGAGUAGAAAGCGAAAAUACAGAGGCAAUCGAGUUGCUGAACAACAUAGUUAAAAGCGGUUCGCUUACUUCCAUGCAAAAUAAAAUUGAAGAAAUUCUAGCUAUUUGUCAAAAUCAAAGUCAAAAGCAAUUCCAGAACGAUAUAAUGGAAGAAUCGACUAAUACAGUGAUUAUGAAUAAUCAGAAAAUAGAAGCAAUCGCCGCUGAAAAUAAGAAUUUCGGCACAAUGAAUAAUUUGAGUUAUAAACUGGAUCGAUGUUGCGAUGCAAUAGAAUUUCAAAAUUCACAAAUCAAAGCCCUAGAAAAUAAUUUGAUUAGCGCCAACGAAGAAACCAAAAAAGCGACCAUUGUCACAGUUUUAUUGAUCGAAAAAAAUUCAUUGGCCGACGAGAAUUUCGCUGAGGAAAGGCGAUUGUUGAUGCGACAAACUGUGGAAAAGGCGUUGAAAAAUUACGAUCGGAUUAUUGAAACACAUAAGGCAGAAGAGGGCGAAAAAACUGAUGCAAUUUGUUCGAAGAUUUUUGAAGUAAUGAAAGCAAUAGAGAAUCAGAAGAACCUAUUUCUACAUACUUCGCAGAAUACCGAAGAGAAAUUUUUCUCGAAGAUUGAACAGGAAAGAGCUAAAUGGGAAAAAACGGUGGAAAUUUUCAAUGAAAAAUUAACAUCGAUGGUCGAUAAUUUGCAAAAUGACGCACAUAACAUGGAGAGAAAAAUUGAUGGCUCAAAGCUUUUUAAUGAAGAAAUGAUAAAAAUGAAUACGAUUAACGUGGAACUUGCAAAAACGCUAAAAGUGAUGGAGGAAAAAUAUAGCAAACUUGAGGCGGAAUUCAAUAUUGUAAAGCAAAAAUGGCAAGAAGACUUGGCUUUUAGUAAAAAUAAACUUCAUAAGAUUAGGCAGAAAAAUGGAAUAUUGAAGAAAACCAUUCAGAGCCUUGAAGGAAAACUGAACAAAUCAGAAAAAGGAAUGAAAGAAAUGAAGGAGCGAUGUGAAGAAAAGGAAAGAAUAAUGAAUGAGAGAAUAGAAAACUUCGACACGGACGACGAUGAUGAAGAAAACAUGGUUGUGGCAAAACAGAGAAUAAAAUUAUUACUGCUCGAUAACAAUAGACUUGGAGACGCUUGUGAUGAAGCCGAUGAAGAAAUCGAAAAAUUAAAGAAUGAACUGGAAAACUUAAAAGCUAAACUGGCAAAUCUUGAAGAAGAAAAGUGCCCUUCCAGUAAUUUUGAAGAUCAAACAGAUUCGUUUGAUUCUGCAAAAAAGCAUUUAAAACCGAAAGCAAACUGGCUAAACUUAGCGGAUUCACUGGAGUCGCUAAAAUCAGGUCAAAGCACUACUAGCCAGCAAUAUAAUUGUAAUGUACAAGAGGAAAUGCUAAUGGAUUUGCUAAAUGAAAUUCCAAUAGAAGGUGAAUCAGAAGUUUCUGAAAUAAGCGAAAUAAGCGAAGAAAACGAUUACAGUACAUUAUAA